ACCACGGAUCGAAGAUCAGACGGUCAAGAUCUGUUACAGCGUUGUCAUGUAACUGCACCUUCACAUUUGAAGUGAUACUUGUUGUGCAAGCAUGAAGGAAAAUGAAAAUGGUACCACAUUUAAUUUUAUCAUCUAGUUCUUCUGUCCUUUCAUUACCGAACAUAUUUUCGAACACAAGAAAAGCAAAAUCGAACCAUUUUUUCAUUACCAAUGCGCGCGAUAGAAAGAAACCCUAACAUUCGAGAACAUUCCUGUUCCCCCAAAUUUUCCUUCCAUCUUCAAUUCUUCAUCGCUGUUAUUUUCUCCUCUACUCUGUCAUGGCGAAUCAAUCUAGCACCAAAGGUUCUUCGUCGUCGAAUCCCGUGGAAUCGUACAUUGGUUGUUUCAUAAGCUUGAUUUCUAACUACGACAUUCGUUACGAGGGUGUUCUUUAUUUCCUUAAUGUUCAGGAUUCUACCAUCGGAUUGAACAAUGUUAGAUGCUAUGGAACAGAGGGGAGAAGAAAAGAUGGUCAACAAGUACCUCCAAGUGACAAGGUUUAUGAAUGCAUUCUUUUCCGAGGAAGUGACAUUAAGGAUUUGCAGAUCAAGUCCCCCUCCACAUCUGGCUGGGCAGAAGAGCAGAUAAGCAGUGAUCAAGCUAUUAUGCAGUCACAAUAUUCUGGGGUGCUAAGUUCUUCGGUGGCCCCAGUUUGCAGGAGAAGUUUGACGGAAUCAAUUCAAAGGCAAGAUAGUCCUGCUAAUUCAAGCAAAGCCCUACCUGUUGGGUGGCACACCUAUGCCUUAUUCUGUGUCUGUGACUACUGAUGCAUCUAACACACCUUCAUUUUGUUC